AUGUCUCCCAUUCUCGCUGAGGAUCUUAAAAAACGAAACCGUCAAAAGUCAUUAGAAUUGAAGGAAGGGAUAUCUCAAGGUCAAUCUGGCUGUUUAGUGGCUAACAUUAAGUGUAAUUCUCCUAAAAAGGUUUAUUUAAUUCAUCAUGAUUGGCUUGGAACACAUGUAAAUGUGUAUGUGGCUAAAAUAUUGUUGGAAGAGAAAAUGGGCUAUUGUGUUGAAAUAGUUGAUCUUCCGGUAAAUAAGGGGCUAGAAGAAAUGGCAAAAAGAGGAGAUAAGGAAGCGUAUGCCAUUCUCGAAUACUGGUCGCUAUCACGAAAAUAUCAGUACAUACAAUACGUUCAAAAUGAUAAAACCAUUGUGGAUGCAGGCAACCUUGGUGUGUAUGGAAAGCAAGGGUGGUUCAUUCUCUCUUUUAUGACUGAUCAAUAUCCUGGUAUUGAUGUCUACAGAGAAUAUCGUACUGACACAGCUGCCAAAUAUUUAGCUGUAAAUUCUUCUUCAACCUUAGGCAGAUUGAUAGGACCUUCUAGAACAUGGAUUUCAUUUGAUCAACAAAUCAUCAACAAUUUGAAACUGAAACUCUAUGUCGAAUAUACGCCAAGCAUUGAUCCAGAGGCAUCCAUUGUUAACAAAAUUCGAGAGGCAAACAACAAGAAAAAACCAGCUCUGUUUUAUUUUUGGUAUCCUCAUUAUUUGUUUGCCUUAAUUGGAAUUAAGGAUGUAUAUUUACCAGGUUAUUCAGACACUUGCUGGACAACCUAUAACCAACAAAAUGGUUUGAUAGAUUGUGAUUAUCCAACAGAAAUACUAAAAAAACUAAUCUCUCCAAUAGCCGCACAAGACGACCGCUUACUUUAUUUCUUCAAUAGAUUUGCCUAUGACACCAAAGAUCAAAUCGAAAUAAUGGGAGAUAUUGUAAAGAAAAACAUGUCUGUGUGGGACGCUUCAUGUAAAUGGAUCAAAAAUAACACCAACAUUGUGAAAUAUUGGAUUCCGAUGUUUGAACCACAACAAAAUGCAAUUAUUAUUGGGCUUAUUGUUUCAUCUGUAACAGCUCUAUUGGUUAUUAUUUGCUUUCUAUUUCUUAUUGUGAUGGUAUCCGUUUUAAUGCACAGGAAAAAGGUUAGACAACAAUUACUGAGAUAUGCCCCUAAAACCUUGCCGAUCACCGUCGUUUUCACAGACAUUCAAAACUCAACAUUGCUUUGGAAUAUAUUUCCGGACAAGAUGAAAACAGCUCUUGAAAUUCACAAUCUCAUCAUUCGAGUGAAUAUUGCAAAAUACAAAGGAUAUGAAUGCAAAACUCAAGGAGAUUCUUUCAUGAUUGCAUUUGACAAUCCUGCAAUGGCACUUGGAUUUUGCUUGAACGUUCAAAAGGAUUUAUUGCUUGCCAAUUGGCCACUAGAAAUGCUUAAUCAUUCAGACACGAUGGAAGUGAAGUGCGAAGAACAGCUCAUUCAUAGAGGUCCUCGUGUUCGAAUGGGGAUUCAUACAGGCAGUGAUUGUGAAAUUCAUUUGGAUAAAACAACUCAACGAAUGGAUUAUAUUGGAAAUACUGUGAAUAAGGCUAGCAAAAUAGAAAGCAUUGCUGAAGGAGGAAGGAUUUAUUGCUCGGAAGAGUUUGUUGAAGCUAUCAACCACCAAGUAGCUCAUCAACUCAUCACAAUGGAAAAAGAAGCUGAUUUGAUGCUAGAAAACAUUGUAAACAAGAAUAUUCAAUUUCAACCUUUGGGGUUAGAAGAAUUAAGUGGUUUGGAGGGGCUUCAUUCCAUUUACUGGGUCAUGGACAUGAAAUCUAGAAGGUAUAUUUACCUUCAGCAAUUAGAGCUCUCUACCAUUCAUAUUAACACCGAUUUUCGAUACAUUGAUGAACUGAAACACUAUCUCUAUGAUCCAACAUCUCUCGACGACAAAAUCAAAAGCAACCUAAUGUUUGAAAUUUUUACUAUCAUCAAUAACGGAUACUUUGACAUCCCAUCAAGCACGACAGAGUUCGAAGGUUUUUUAUUUUCAAUUGUGUUUCAUUACGUUUUCGAACGGCUGAAAGAAGAGAACGAAUAUUAUUGA